AGCAACCAUUGUUCAGAGCGUCUCCCUAUGCAUUGGCCCUAUCCAGAUUCUACAUUCCUGAAAAAUCAGCACUAGGGCUAGGGGCUGUCCUAGUAUUCACAGACGCCGGUGGCAGACGGGAUCAUGGCCUCCUCAGCACUGAAUUGCACACCUUUUAUGUUGUGUUUUAUUUAUUGUGCGUUACUUUUUGGUAAUAUAUUUUGCGAUGCUGAUUCAGAAGAAGAUGAACAUGCCAAGCAUACGUAUACGGUGGAUAUGUUCAACGAUGCUGUCCCCACCGCUCCCCACUUUGUCAUGUUCUUCGCCCCUUGGUGUGGUCACUGCCAGAGGCUACAAGGGACAUGGAACGAGAUGGCGGACAAAUACAACAGCAUGGAGUCGCCGCCGGCCUACGUUGUAAAGGUUGACUGCACUCAGGACGUCAAGUUCUGCUCCAACGUCCACGGCAUCAGUGGCUACCCUACGCUAAAGCUGUUCAAGCCCGAGCAGGAGGCGAUGAAGUACCAAGGCCCCAGGGACCUGCAGUCUAUGGAGACCUGGAUGCUCAACACUUUGCAGGAGGAGCCUGUGGAGCCAGAGACUGAGCUGGAGCCUCCCAAAGCCCCAGAGCCCAAACAGGGCCUGUAUGACCUCACCGCCAGCAACUUCAAGGCCCACGUCUCUAAAGGGUCCCACUUUGUCAAGUUCUUUGCCCCCUGGUGCGGUCACUGCAAGGCCAUGGUCCCCACCUGGGAGCAGCUGGCCACCAGUUUCGAGCACUCGGACAACAUCAAGAUCGGCAAGGUGGACUGUACCCAGCACUACGAGGUGUGCUCUGAGAAUGCUGUGCGUGGCUACCCCACCCUACUCUUCUUCAAGGACGGAGAGAAGGCGGACCAGUACAGAGGCAAGCGGGACCUGGACUCUCUGAAGGACUUUGUGGACAACCAGGUCCAGGCUGCUACUAAGGAGGAUGACGAGCACCCGCAUGCUAACGAGAUCCCAGUACCCAGCGCCGAACCCGCCAAAGAGGAGUCUGGCGUUGUUACACUCACAGAGAGCAACUUUGACGAGACAGUGGCCAAGGGGCUGACGUUCAUCAAGUUCUACACUCCAUGGUGUGGCCACUGUAAGAAUCUGGCCCCUACAUGGGAGGACCUGUCCAAGAAGGAGUUCCCUGGCCUGACUGACGUGAAGAUUGGCAAAGUGGACUGCACAGUGGAGAGGACGAUCUGCAACAGGUUUUCAGUACGUGGGUACCCCACCCUGCUGCUGUUCAGAGCUGGUGCUCAAGGUGAGGAGCAUCACGGAGGGCGGGACUUGGAGAGCCUGCACAGUUUUGUGAUGAAGCAGGCCCGAGACGAGCUGUAGCAUUGUCCAAUCAACAUCCCCCGUUACUUCUCUUCUCCCCCCAACACAGAAUGGUCCUCUCCCACAACGGCCAGCUCUUAUCUCUCUCCAUCUCCAAUCGUUUUUCUUUCAGAAAGGAGUAGCGUCAACACACUGCUUUUUAACCCCCUCUGUAAUGUCUCAUGCCUUGUGAGCGAGGCCAGUCUGAUUCUAUAAUAAUCCAAUAGUUUGUGUGAAAUGUGAAUGUGUUUUGUUUGGGCUGCUCCUCUGGAGAGCAUUGGCUGGCUCUGCAAACCAUUUUUUGCCAACGGUACUUAAAUCGGCCAAACCUUAAAAUGCAUACCUUUUUAUAGUCAUCUCUACACUUGACAACUCAAGCAGAGUCGUCUUAAAUAGUGCCUGCUGGUUGUAUCAAAAACCGUUGGAUUAAGCUGACUAAGUUUGUCUGAAAUUUUAUAGAUGUAAAUUUGUUAAUGUUAAUUUGGUGAUUUAAGAAAAUCGUGUUGACGAACAAUCAUGAGCCAUUGAUAUGUUACUGUAGCACAGGGGUCAAAGCCGCGUGACCUCUCAUGACAUUGACGGUACUUUUUAUCCAUGCCAGUGACGGCCUAACUAACUUAACUCUCAGGGACACCCAGUUGGAGUUCUCGGCCUACGCCAUACUGCUAUCUCUUAUCGGGUAUAUUUGUCUCCCCUUAUUUUUCUGACGAAUUCCCCCAACUGCUUUUUGGCUAUGAUUGGAAAUGCUGCAUGAAACUACUUUAAUGUUUCAUGUCAAACUGCCCUUUGUCUGUGUCAGUGAGUGGUCUUCCGUGACAUUGCAUAUGUACUACAAAAACUCUGAAUGUAUUUUUUGUUUUCCAUUUUAGUGUUGUAAGAGGCUUCAGUUCAGUCCCACGGUCCAAUGUCAGGCACCUCGGGACUGUUUUUCCGUUCUCACUGUUUUAUGAACAAUGAUUGUGAUCGUCUGUUUGGCGCACUCAAGUCAUGCUUUAUGCAUGGAAUGUGCUAGUUUGUCAUUAAAGGAAACCAUGUUUUCAUAUUUGUCAUUAGUCCAUGUUUGAAACAUCCCUCAGAAAUGGUUUGUGAGGGAUUGUGUCCAACAUGGAUGAAUGAAAAAUGGUUUUGGGGUCAAAUGCUUCUUUACGGGUAGUUCAUUAAAAUGGAACAUUCAGAACUUUGCAGAUAGGAAUGUUGUAUAGAACAAACACAUCCUUAUCUUGUGUCUGCUGUAAAUGCAAUAGAUUUCCCAAAGCGGAUUAAUAUUCUGUUCCAUUGACUAAGCCCCAUAUCAAACAUCCAGUGAAGCACAAGAAUGCAACAACAGUGAUAAGGUCACUUUACUUUGGGGUUGUUGUUUGGUUACCUCAGAUGCUUGGAGAUCAAAAAACGGAAUACCCUAAAUAUAUUAUCCACUCAUAUAAUGAUCACUCAUGACUUGUUUAGUCUAUAAAUUACGAUUACAAAGUUGAUUUUCUUUUCUUUCCAUAUAUAGAAUAUUAUAUCAACCCAUAAUGUUAGUGAUUCUGAGUUUUAUUGAAGUGUGUGCUAUUCUGGGGUGGUUGAGGUAAAUGAAGUGGUCUGAGAAUGUGUGUGUGCAUGGAGUUGCUGUGUGAGGCAGUUUUUACAUUCAAUGCUCAAUUAAGGGAAACAAAUGCAUUCAGAGGCUAACCACUUAUUGUCAGUAAAAAUCUUUAUGGAUAGUACAUGGUCUAGGCAGACUCCAGUGAAGGAAAGCAGUAUUUUGUUAUUGUGAGUGGGUUGUACACUGCCCCCCCCAAAAAAGGCAAGUUGUAACAUGAGAUUUUGUAAUAAAAUGUCUUUCCAAAAAUA